AUUUUAAAUGAAAUGAAAUUAAAAUAGUAUUGAGAAAAUUAAUUAAUAAAAUAAUAUUAGUGUGACAUCAAUUAUUAUUUGUUAGUAUGACUUCAAUUUAAAAAAAUAUUGCUACAAAUUGGACGCGCUGCGACAUGGUAGGCCCGGCGGCGUCAACCUCCUAUUCCCCACCCGCCCUCCUCCUCAAUUCCGCUUUCCACCGCCGCCAACUCCGCCGUUUGACCUGCCGCUGACUUGCCCCUGCAGCCGUGAACAUAAUAAUCUGAUAAACGAGAACGAAUUAAGGUUUAAUUAGCGGAAAAAAGACGACGUUUUUUCUUUUUGUUUUUUGUUCCCCAUAAUGGCUUCCAUCAAGGGACAGGGACAAGGACAAGGCGAGAGGGGUGUGCAAAUGAGGUUAGACUUCGAGCGCCCCUCGCCGUCACCAAAACCUUCGCCUCUGCCUUCGCCUCGAACGCCAAGGAUGAUAGUAUCCAACUCCAACAAAUCAUUAGGCAUUUCGAAUUCCGGGAAGGCCUUGGUGGUUUCAAACUCCGGUAAAGCUUUAGUAGUUUCGAACUCCGGCAAAAGAAUGGACCAAGCAGGAAAAAAGAAGUAUGUGAAGCAGGUCACAGGCCGCCACAAUGACACGGAGCUCCAUUUAGCAGCGCAGAAGGGUGAUGUGGCAACAGUGAGACAGAUAUUGUCGGAAAUUGAUGAGCAAAUGCUUAAGACGUUGAGCGGAGCUGAGUUUGAUGCUGAGGUGGCAGAGAUCAGGGCCGUUAUAGUGAAUGAGGUCAAUGAAUUGGGGGAGACAGCACUAUUUACAGCUGCAGAGAAGGGGUACAUUGAUGUGGUGAAGGAGUUGUUGCCUUUUACAACGAAAGAAGGGAUUAGGUUGAAGAAUAGGUCGGGUUUUGAUCCGUUGCACAUUGCUGCCAAUCAAGGUCAUCAUGAUGUUGUCCGGCUGCUGCUAGAGCAUGAUCCUCAGCUAACCAAAACAGUUGCUCAGUUAAAUGCAACUCCUCUCAUCUCAGCAGCAACAAAAGGGCAUCUGGCAGUUGUCAAUGAAUUGCUUUUGAAGGAUCCCAGCUUGCUUGAGAUUACAAGAUCCAAUGGUAAAAAUGCGUUACAUUUUUCUGCCCGCCAAGGCCAUGCAGAUAUUGUCAAGGCAUUGCUCGCGAAGGACCCUCAACUGGCCAGAAGGACUGAUAAGAAAGGACAAACUGCACUGCACAUGGCUGUUAAAGGUGUUAGUGGUGCUGUUGUUAGGUUGCUUCUGCAGGCAGAUGCAGCCAUUGUGAUGCUCCCAGACAAAUUUGGUAACACUGCGUUACAUACAGCCGUCAGGAAAAAGCGCGCUGAGAUUGUGCAGGAGCUCUUACUGCUCCGGGAUACAAAUGUCAAUGCAUUGUCAAGAGACCACAAAACAGCUCUUGACAUAGCUGAAGGGCUCCCUCCAUCUGCAGAAACUCUGGAAAUAAAAGAAUAUUUGAUUCGUUGUGGUGCUAUCAGAGCCAAUGAACUGAACCAGCCUCGGGAUGAGCUUCGGAAAACUGUCUCAGAAAUUAAGAAAGAUGUACAUUUUCAGCUUGAACAAGCUCGUAAAACAAACAAAAAUGUUAAUGGUAUAGCAAAGGAGCUUAGAAAGCUCCACAGAGAAGGGAUAAACAAUGCGACUAAUUCAGUCACUGUGGUGGCUGUCCUCUUCGCUACAGUUGCUUUUGCUGCCAUAUUCACUGUUCCUGGAGGUGAUGAUCAGAGUGGAGCGGCGGUGGUUGCAAGCAGCACAUCUUUCAAGGUCUUCUUCAUCUCUAAUGCUGUUGCACUUUUCACGUCCUUGGCUGUUGUUGUUGUACAAAUUACAGUGGUCAGAGGUGAAAUAAAAUCUGAGAGACGGGUUGUGGAGGUGAUCAAUAAGUUGAUGUGGUUGGCUUCUGUUUGCACCACAGUGGCUUUCAUCGCUUCAGCUUACAUAGUUGUGGGGCGGCAUAAUAGAUGGGCUGCAGUUCUUGUCACUGUAAUAGGGGGAGUUACAAUGGCUGGGGUUCUAAGUGCUAUGACUUAUUAUGUUGUGAAGUCCAGAAGGAUACGGAAAGUGAGGAAGAAAGAGAAGUCUUCAAGGAGUGGAACAAACUCAUGGCAUCACUCAGACACCGAUUCAGAAGUAAACCCAAUAUAUGCUAUUUGAUACGAGGAAUGGAUUUGACUGAAUUUUUUCUAUUUAACAUGGAUUUCUUAUGUUAUAAAACACAAGAUGAAGAAAGGAGAGCAAUGUGAUGCAACAAGAGAAAGAGAUUAAUCCACACGUAUGCGCAUAUAGAUUUUUUUUGAGGUCUGUGAACUUUAAUUAGGCUCUUGGAACUGAAUAUUUGGUGGGUUAAGGAUGAAUUUGAGACAAGAGAAGAGACUAAUCAUGAUUCUGGUCGUCUUAGGAUCGAAAGAGGUUAUUGCGUCCUCAAAGUAACAAAGCAGAGGAUAACUUCUGGCUCAUCAUUUGAUUGAUUGGGAAUUGUAACAUAACAAUGUUUGUUUAACACAGUCAUACCAGU